AUGGAAAACCCCAGCAACCCCUACGACAAUGGUCAGCAGGAUGAUCUGGGAGACGAUACAAUCUGUGUAACCAUUCGGCUCUUGUUCAAGGGCAACCAAGUCGGCACGCUCAUCGGCCGAAAAGGCUCCAAAAUCAUGCAGAUCCGAGAAGAAUCCGGCUGCGAGGUCAAAAUUAAAGGAAAUGAAAAGGACAUUGAAAGAAUUGUUUCUGUCUCUGGAUCACCGGCCGGUGUCACCAGAGCGAUCGGAAAGGUGGGAGAGUUUGUUGAAGCAGAUUUGAAUGAUGGUCUUACUGGCAGAACAACAAAGAUACCUGUAACUCUUCAUAUGAUCGUUCCGACUGGCCAAUGCGGCUCCAUCAUCGGCAAAGGUGGCUUCAGAAUCAAGGAAAUUAGAGAGAAAACAGGUUGUAACGUCAAAAUUGCCAACGAGCUGCUACCAGGCAGUACAGAAAAACUCAUCACCUUGUAUGGCGAACCCAGAGUUAUUCAGCAGUGCGUCGGCUCAAUUUGCAACGUGAUGAUCGAAGAAGGUCAAGAAAGAAAGUGCACACCUUACACUCCCGCUUCGUAUGGUCCCUCACCGGUGUUUGGAAUGGAAGGCAUGCCUAGAAACGCGACUCAAUAUCCUCCACCACCGGCUGGCAACGCUGCGCCGCAAUACCCUUAUCCUGGACACUCAGGCGCUCCACCAACUGCCCCGCCAGCUCAGCCUGGUUACCCACCAAACUGGGCUCCUGGCCACCCGCCCAUGCCAAACCCCCCUGCUCCUGCUUACGGACAAGUUUACCCUGGCUAUGGCGCUUCCAGCUAUCCGAAUCCAUCCGAUCCAGCCUUCAUCCUUCGCGACACGAAUUUAGAUCACUUCAAAGUAAAAUUGAGUCAGAAAAUUCUCUCCGAGGGUGUCUUAGAAGUUCAUGUCGACAAAACUUGCAUGGGAGCUGUCAUUGGCCGUGGAGGCUCAAGAAUCGGCGAAGUCAGAAUGUUGUCGACGCAUGAUAUUAAAAUCCAUGAAGUUGAUGGUGACAGUACUUUCAGAAGGAUAACUAUCUCUGGAGACAAAAAUCACAUCGACAAGGCCGUUUUGCUACUCCAUGUCUGUGUCAACGUGUUCACAGAACCAAAGGACAAAGUCGGCCACCUCUCUCUUCUCCAAGCCGUUCAAUAUGCGCAAAGUGGCGGAAAACCACCACAGCCAAAGCACGCUCACGAUGCACACCACUCAAUGCCACCAACAGGAGCGUAUCACCAACAACCCCCUUACGGAAAUAUGGACUACGGAUAUGGAUACGCUGCGGGACAUCCCCACCAACCCCCAGCGCCAAGAAUGCCCUCUUACAACAGAAAACCACCAAACAAGCGCCCAGCUGACCACACUCACGGAAUGGACACCGGCGAAGGCGACUCCGAAAUCCCCUGCCACAAGCGAGAAAAAUUCCGCCAAUACUAA